ACGUGAUUCGGCGAGCAUCAUACAAGCAAAUAUUUGUCAUUAAUAAUAAAUAGUACAUUCUUAAAUAUGGCAAAACCUACAGAAAAAGAUCCCGUGGACAUAGUUCAUCAAAAUGCUAUUCACGUGGAGACAAUAAUGAAGGAGCUGAGACACCAGAAGCUUUACACAGAGUUUAACAUCAACCCCUUCAAGAAACUGCACAUCCUGACAGAUAAGCCCAUGACCAACAUCAUAUAUGGAAAAGAAAAGGAGGACCCUGCUUUUCUCAGGAUCAUUCAUGGGGCCUGUCUGGAGCCAACAAAGAAGUACACCCACCCUCAGACUGAAGCACAAGAGAUAGGCUGGUUAUCCAGUCCUCUGCUUGUCUCAGAUCGGAGCGACAGACGACUAAACUUUCCACGGCAGAACUCUGAAAUCACGAAAUACAUGGACGCUGCCUGGCGCAUGACGGAGCAGACAAAAAAUCUUGGAUAACAGUUUGGGUUGUAUUUUCCUGAUGCCAUAUAACAUUAAUACUAUCAAAUGCUGGAUAGGAUAUGUGGACAUUUUCAAGUGGCCAUUCUUUUAUGUCGGAAAUAAACAUACUUAAUAUGCACGUAAUUUUGUUUCAGAGAGAAAUAUUCCGCAUUCAGUACUUCUAAACUUCUAAAGUUAAGUUCAAUCGACAGCAUUUGUGGCAUAGGCUAAUAUUGAUUAUCACAAAAAUAAAAUUUGACUUGCCCCUCCUUUUCUUUAAAAAAAGCAAAUAUUUGGGUUCAAGUGAGGCACUUCAAAUGGAAGUGAAUGGGGCCAAUCCAUAAACGUUAUAAAGUAUAGCCACAAGACGUAACCAAUAUGUGAGAUAAAAUCGCUUUCUAACCUUUUCUGUGCAAAGUUAUAGCCAAUUUUACAACUUUGUCGCCAUGAUGGUAUAAUGUCAACAAACCCUAAAACCUUAAAAUUACUGUAAAAAUUAUGAUUUAAACACUUUACUGCUCAAAUAAUACAUGAGUUUUCACAGAAGAAUUAAUUUUAUUUGUUUAGGGACAAGUCACAAUAAAUAUAUUGUAACAGUAUUUGCUAGAAGCUAAAUUUAAAACACAGUCCCUUGGUGGCAGUUGCAGUGCUGCCCUGGAUAAUUACAAUUGUUUAUUAAUAAUAAUAUUAAUAACAAUAAUAAUAAUUACCCUACACAAAGUUAAACAUUCUAAAAAAUACCACAUACACAGACAACAGAUACAACAUAAUUCAAUCCACAGUCACAUCAAUAUACACAAAUCAUACCAGCUCAAUCUAAUGAUCACAUGACUGUUUUUCUUUCAGCACAUUUAUAAUACCUAAUUUAAAAAAAAAUUAAGUACUACACUCUCUAAUAUUUCUCGACAGUGAAUUCCAAUAUUCUACUGCUCUAACUGAAAAAAAGUUAAUGUAAAGUGUUCUAACAUUAUAAGCUUGACAAUUGUGCCUUUAAACCCUCCAGAAAUUGUCCCCAUUCAUUUCCCGUUGCUUUUUUUAAAGACUAGGAUGGACAAGUCUAAAUAAUUUUUUGUGGUAAUCAACAUUAUGCUACAAAUGCUGUUGAUUAAGCUUAACUUGUAUUAAACCUAGAAUAUUAGGCGUCUUUAAAUCUAGUGAUAUUUCUACCUAAACUACAGUCUAGAUAGGCAGUUCACAAAGUUUAGAGACACAGGCAGGGUGUUUAGAGUUUAAAUUGUGUAUCUGGAGAUAUGUAAAAAUGGGUCAAAAGAGCACCAUUAAUCACUUUGUACGUAUCUGUACCUGUCCAGCUGAACCUCUGCAUUGUAAACAUAGCAGAUUAAUUCAUACAUAAUCAACUUUAGAUAAUGUCAUAAUAUACAGAAAAAAAUUAUUCAAGAAGCUUGUUUUACAAAUGUUUCUUUUUCACAAGACAAAUCCAUACCUGUGACCAUAAUUCACUUGCUGUUUAUUGGAACAUUUUAUAUAUAAUGCAUUGACUCAGGUCAAGAUUAAUAACCUAUUGAAUUAUAACCUAAAAUAUAUAUUCAAGAUCACUUCUCUUUUUUAUGGUGUCACAGUAAUAUAUAUGUUUCUUCUCUCUCACAGAAAUGCAUUGCAUUUUCUUUCUAACUCAUGUACUGAUUUUUGGUACAAAUUAUAACAUGAUAUUAUUGUCUUAAUGAUUUACUGUAUGAAUGGGAAGCUAUGUCCAUGAAUAAGCUAAAUGUACAAUUAAAACAUAUCUUAAACUAGAGUUCUUCAAUAAAUAUUAGAAUACAAAAAUAGAGAUCAAUUCUCAGUGUGUGCUCUGAUAUGUAAUUUGAGAAACCAUUUGAAGAUAUUUGAACACCUAAUAUGGGUUUCUUGUCGCAUGCUAUGCUGUACAAAUAACCUGAGAUUAUCAUUACAAAUUCAAAACCUUCUCUCUCUUCAGAAACAGCCUAGCCAAAUGUUAUAUUCGAUUAUGGCCUUGAAAUAAUCCUUAUCUGAAUCAUCAAAACCUCUUUCUACCCUUACAAGUCACAAAUAAUUGGUAAGCUUAUUAGUGUACAUUAGGCAAUGCAUAAAGUAUUUCGCUGAGACAAGCCUUUCUUAGAAUUUGUUCCCAAUUGAUCCUUUUUCCUAGGUCCCUUUUCCAAUUAUCCUACUCUUGUGUUUAAAGAUGUUGUUUUGAAACCAUAUAUUUACUAGUUUCAAGUAAGUAUGUUUACCUUUUCCAAGUAUUCUACUCUUGUGUUUAAAGAUGCUGUUUUGAAACCAUAUAUUUACUAGUUUCACAGUAUGUGACACAAUGUCAGUGUAUAAAAUACUUUUCAAUGAUAUGAACAUCCUGACUCUUUAAAAACAGUAUAUGUGCUUUAUAUCAACAUUCUAAACACUAUCCAGAUUAUGCCACAUUAAAUUGAUUUAUUUUCUUAGAUUGCAGUGCAGUUAUCACAAGUUUUUCAUAGUUCCUGUUAUAUUAAGCUAAUCAAACAAUUAAAAAGUCUUCAUCAUCAAGGUGAGAGACUUUUCUGUGGAGGUCUUAACAUUUCCUUUGAGAAGUCACAUCAACCAAUUUGUCAGCAAAGGGUAGAAGUAUAAAUUAUCUGUAAAAAAGCUGUAUAAAUUGAUAUCUCAAAUCAGGACGAACCUGCUGACAAGGAAAUGUAUUUCACUGCAACAUCAAGAUGUUCAAUAAGGUCUUAAAAGGUUAAUUCGAAUUCUUCCAAGUUUUGACUUAUUCUAAUCCUAAUGAUCAGGAUAAAAAGUUAUCUUACCUCUCUCUGUCAGCACAGUCACUGGAUUUGAUGUGAUUUAUUGAAUUGUGUUGAAUUGUUGUGAUGAGGCAGUGUCACCACCUUUUUCUUCUUUUUCAUCCAAAUUGGCCAAGACUGUGUAAUAGUAAUUCAAUAAACA